AUGGACCCUAAAGAUGCAAAACCGGCCCUGGCAGAGCGUCUGUUCCGUCUCGCAGACCCUCUCAGCCACAUAGCCGUUUCGGAUGCGAUCUGGGCCUCCUUCUGGACGCUGCCGCGCAGCGUCAACGACGUCUUUACGGCCUUCUCGCCCGCCAACAUUGUGCUUCUGAGAGACACCAACCCCCGCAACUUCUUCUUGCUGAUCCGGCUCACUGCCGCACGGCUUGUCAGCCUUGCGCGACACACCGAAUCCGGCACUUUCAACAAAUUAGAGGUGCUCAACUGCGCGCGGCUCCUCACCAGGCUGCUGCCGUAUCUGUACGAAAAGGAAGAGCUCUCUUCUGCAGAAAAAACGCUUUUCUGGUCCCUCAACAACGCCGUUGACCCGCACACCCAGGCCUCGGGCAGCUCCAAUGGGUCCACAACAGCCACGGUCGGCUUCGACUCGCUGUGUUCGACAGAUCUGUCCAGCGCAGAGACCACCAACGGAAUGGUGGACGUGCUGGUCAGUCACGACAAAAUCAUCGACAACCUCUCCAUGAAGCCCACUGUGGACGAGUCGCAGAGCGGCUCGCUUGCCCUGGGCGCUCUGCUGGUGCUGCAGGCAGUCAACCUACUAUUUACAACCGGCUUCACCGUCCCGGCAGUGGACAAGCAAACCAGGCCGAACUCGGUGGAAUUCUCGAUCUGGGAGCCCGGAAUUGGCCUCACAGGCAAACUGAAGCACCCGGACAUUGCCCUGGACUCCAACAGGCUUGAGAUCCUGCGUCUACUGCUGGUCCUCUGCUCGCAAUGUCUCUACAGACAAGUCUCGAACGUGGUACCGCUCGGAAGCCGGUACCUAACGGUGCUUGUGACGGCGGUGCCGAGACUGCGGAUGCUGACGCUGAUCUCGUCGCUGCUGAACCUGGUUUGUCGGUCCACGAAGGAUCCGAACGAGUACAACACGGGGCUGGAUCUGGAGAUCGCGGCGCAGAAAGAGGUGCGUAUUCUGAUGGUCACGUGUGCGAUGCAGCUGUUCACUCAGAUGAUUGUGUACCCACUGCCCAAGAUGGACCAGGAAUUCUUGCACAAACAAGGCAUUCUGAUCGACACGCCUACGAACCUGGUGCGGCACUACUGCGGCCGGCUCCACAAGGAGCAGGAGCUCGAGUUCCUUGAAGAUGGGCUGGUGAGGCCGCUUUUCCGGCUGAUGGACGCGAACUCCGGCGUUGCAGCCAGCGCCUCUGGCCUCUCGUACCUCAUAAAGGGAAAGUUCCUGGCCGCGGCUUCGAAUCUCGAAGACUGGAUGACCGAGAUCGUGAUGCUAGUCUGGGAAUUUUAUCAGUGCAACAAGAAAUUCCGCAUACGGCUGGCAACGCAGUACGGCGUCAAGCUGCUGGUUGCGUUGCUGUACCAGAUCUUCGUUUACAGGUCGUCCGAAAAACACAGAAACCACGUGCGAACGUGCUCCUAUCUGGUGCUCUUCCUCUCCUACGAUACCAUCAUCACCACGCAGCUGGUCACGCCGUUCGAUAAACAAUUCUACGCUACGCUCCCGCAACAUUUCCGUCUGUCUGGCUCGCCCACCACUUAUAGAGACUUUCUGGUGACCCAGACCUGUGCUAUGCUCCAGUCGGACUGUCCGCUGAUUCUCGUCCCCACCAUGAUAGAAUGGAUAUACAACAUGGUUCCGCAGAUGCCCGCCGCGUCUAAUUCUGUCCCCACGAUCAAUAGACGUCCCUCGUCGCGGGACCUGACCGCAGCACAACCGCCCACGCUCCAGAUGUCGUACUCGACCUGCUCCGCCGUGACACAGCUGAUUGCCAAGUUCUCGUCUGUCGAGUUUCUGCGCCAGCAGGACGUCCAUCUUGACCUGCUCGCGUUACUGAUGCGCAGUUUGUGCCACGUGAUCACCAGAAACCCCAGCGACUGCGCCAUUUGGUUCUACGUGCUGCUGAAAAAUAAAUCGAUCUUCGAAAACGUGAUUGUUUCAAUCCGUAAGGUGUCGGCAACCAACGAGGCCCAGGACGAAAGGAUGACGGCCAGCGGGUCGAAUUCGCCGUCGCCGACACUGAACGCAGAAACGAGCGAGGAAGACCCGCUGUAUAGGGGUCCAACAGACGAUAGCCUCAUCCGGCCCAAGCUGCCCGUGGGCAUGUCGUUCAGGGCCAAGGCUAAACUGCCACUGAAUGCACCGUUAGAGCUCACGUGGACAGGGCUCAAGUCGACGACUAUCCUGCUGGACGUUAUCCGGCACCUCGAAGCCAACGUGACAGCCACUGGCGCAGACGCCGCGUCCAUCAUCAACCAGAUCAACGGGGCUAAAAUGCCGGAGUUCAUUGCCACAUUGAAGCUUCCAAACGAGUACAAUCCUGCCAAGACGAAGUUCGAGCCGCUCAAGUUCACGUGGUCCAAUCUGUCGCUCGGGUGGUACACCUCUGUUUUGUGGUGUCGGUCCUACAACCAGCUGGAGGUUUGCAAGUCAAAAUCCGUUCUAGAGGAUUCGAUCUCAGCGUUCAAGAAGGUGGGUGCCGACUGGGGAUUCGGUACAUGGAGCACCUUCAACAGCAAGUCUUCUACAAUGGAGGUUCACUCUCUUUCGCCGAUUGGAAUCUGGGACGGCACAAACGUCAAAUUAUUUACUAUUAAAGGAGGUGCACGGGAUAUCGCACUUACUGAGCCAAAGAGUUCGGUGGACAUGGCGACGGACUCGUUUAUAAGGCGGUUCGGGUCGAUAGCGCUCAACCGCCGCAAGUCCAGUGCUGCGUCGUUGCAGACGCUGAGCUCACAAACUCAGCAGGCACAUCGGUCUGGCACAGAGAGUCCCGGGCGGCCGCUGCUCUCCCGCGGCCUUGGUUCCUCAGACAACACGCAGUCCACGCCACCAUUGGUGAACUACAGUCCUGUGCCGCCUCCUGCAGCGGGCGAUUUCGAAGGUGACUCCAAGAAAUAG